AGGAAGGAUUUAACACAAGCACUUCCUGCUCCGGACUGAGGAGUCUGCAAGCUGAUUUUGUCAGCUGCUCCCAGCUACUCUUACUUACGUCAACUAUCUAACAAGACAACAACAAGUCAACUUGGGCCAUUAACUACCAACAGCGACCUUUAAAAAUGCGUCAGCCGAGGACUUGGGCUGUACGGCGCGAAGUUGACAAACUUUAACCAACAACCUCAGCCGCGUUUUUCCAGCGCUGUUGGCAAGCUUAAUGAAAGGGAGUUUUAUUGUCCUAGCUUGCUAGCUAACGUUAGCCAUUUGUCUGCUGUGCUCCCGAUAUGGCUACUAGAGAGAUGUCUUUCAGGCAGGAAUACCGUCGCCCGCCGUCGAUCAUAAAGCAAGAACAGGAGGACGACUCGGACGCUGAGGAGACCACCCUGGGGCUGAGGAGAUCGGACGGUCUGGAGUCUCAGAUCAUCCACAGCGGACACUUCAUGGUGUCAUCGCCCCACAGCGAGCACCCCCCAAAGAAAGGAUAUGACUUCGAUACUGUCAACAAACAGACCUGUCAGACGUAUCGUUUUGGCAAGGCGAGCAUGUCGCACUUCUCCAUAGACGCUUCGCUGACCAAACUCUUUGAGUGCAUGACUCUAGCCUAUAGCGGUAAGUUGGUAUCUCCCAAAUGGAAGAACUUCAAGGGGCUAAAACUGCUUUGGAGAGACAAGAUCCGCCUCAACAAUGCCAUAUGGAGAGCCUGGUAUAUGCAGUAUGUGGAGAGAAGAGAUAAUCCUGUUUGUCACUUUGUGACUCCCCUGGACUCUACUAUAGAUAUGGACAUCCAUCGUCCUGCUGAGGCUGCUGCCACAGAGGGGAAAUGCUGGAAAAGAAGAAUUGAAAUUGUCAUAAGAGAAUACCACAAGUGGAGAACGUACUUUAAGAAACGGUUACAGAAGCACAAGGAUGAGGACCUCUCAAGCUUGCUUAAGGGCCCAGAGGAGCAGUUAUCGCUGUUUGGGGAACUCUCUCCAGACAUGCUCCGUGUUUCCCUUUAUCAGGAUGAAGAGACUGCAGCACGUCGUUUCCCUCGUAAGCAUAGUGAAACACCUGCUCCUAUGGAGAUGGACCCCCUCUUUGACAUGGAUGUUUUGAUGUCUGAGUUUUCAGACACGUUGUUCUCCACGUUGGCCUCACAUCAGCCCAUAGUCCUGCCAAAUCCAAGGGAGAUUGCUCAUGCAGGAAAUGCAGACAUGAUCCAACCAGGACUCAUCCCCUUACAACCCAACCUGGACUUCAUGGACUCUUUUGAUCCGCUGCAAGACUUAUUUCACAGCCUCCGUCAGUCCACCUUCCCCUCUGUUUCCCCUACUGCACCAUCUGUCACCCCUCUACCCAGCAGCAGCUCUCAGUCACAGGCCCAGUUAAUAUCUUCCAUGCAACUCACAACCAACCAUAUCUCCCCUCCUGGCCCCCUGCCCAUCCCCUCUCCCAUGACCAGUGAAACCAGUCGAACAGAUGGCAACAGUAGUGAUGCUGCCUAUGUACAAAACUACAUGCCUUUGUUUCCUGGGCAGGUGGCCCGCAGCGAUCAAGCAGUAGUUUCCACAGUUUCUCAGCCGCUGUCCCAUGACCCUCUGGCUCAGUGCCUCUCAGGACAGGACAUGGCCUCAGCUGCACCCAUGGUGCCUUCACCAUUGGAGAACACUUCAGCGCUGGGUGAAACUGUCCCACCAUCUGUGAUCACGCACACGGCCUCCUCUACUGUCACACCCAGCGACGCGGCCACCACCUUCAGCCACGGCACGGAGUAUAGCUCCAUAUCCACACUACCUCCGCCUCCUCCAUCUCAGCUCCAACCUUUGGCUUCGUUGCCUGCCACUUCUGUCCCGCCCUCUCAAACUUUUGCCCUGCCUCGGCCCUUGCAGUCGUCCAGUGCCAACAAAAACCGCCCUGUGCAAAGGAUUGCUCUUGCUAACACGCUCCCUUCUUCGCAACUCAUCUUCACAGGCCCUUUCCCAGGUCAUGCUAACACAGUGAUCCUUACACCAACACCUUUGAAAGCAGAUGUGGUCAUGCCUCCUCAGCUUGGAGCGGCUUCUGGAUUCCACGUUGUGUCUCAUACACAGAAGUCUCCCCAGCCAAUUAUCCCCAAAGAAAAGCCUGAGUCUUCCAGCUGCAAAAAUCAGAAAGCCUCCUCCAGUGUCGUUCGCAGUCAGCCAGGAUCAGGACAAGGCUCACCAUGUGGAUUAGAUCAAGUCCCUAGUCCCCAGUCACUGAUCAGCAGCAGCAGGACACCUCGGGUAAAGAAUGAACAAAAUCAGAGCCGGAGGACAACGCACAUAUCUGCCGAGCAAAAGAGACGAUCAAACAUAAAUAAUGGCUUUAAAACACUCUGUGACCUGGUUCCCACUCUAAAGUCGCAAUCAAAUAUCAGUAAUGCAGUGACAUUGCAGAAGACAGUGGAGCACAUUGGGAAACUCCAGCAGGAGAGACAGCAGAUGCAGGACGAGGUCAGGAGACUGCGAGAGGAGAUAGAAGAGCUCAACGCCUCCAUUAACAUGUGUCAGAAACAGCUGCCUGCAUCAGGAGUGCCCAUCAGGCGACAUCACUUCAACCACAUGCAAGAGUUCAAUGAAUAUGUAAAGAACCGCACUCUUCAGAACUGGAAGUUCUGGAUCUUCAGCAUCAUCAUCAAGCCUCUGUUUGAGACAUUCAAUGGGAUGGUGUCGACUACCAGCAGCGAGGAGCUGUAUCAUACCACAAUGCAGUGGCUCGACCGUUACUGCUCCCUCCCCAUGCUCAGACCCAUGGUGCUGAGUACCCUACGCCAGCUGAGUACAACCACAUCCAUCCUCAGUGAUCCAUCCCUGCUGCCCGAGGAAGCCAUCCAAGCCGUCACACACACCAAUACGUAGCCUUGCUCUCAGAAGGGGUGAAGUGACAAUGCACCACAUGAACCUUUUUAACAGCAACCAUAAAAAUGACGCAUCACUAGUUUACCUUAUAGCCAUUCAGCAAGAUCAGCAAGUCUUCUGCAGAUCCACGUUGACGCUGAAAAAUAAAUGAGAUGGUUUACGAUGGUCAUACGUUUGUUCUGUUGUACACUGAUUCUUGGGAAUGAUGCACAAAGGGAACCUUGCCUUUGACAUUACAUUCAUAGCGAAAGUGCAAAAAUGGCUUCUGUCGUGGUAUAUUUCAAUGACAGAAACUGCUCCUACUUCUUUUGAUACUUAAAGUGAAAAUCUUCCAAAUACUUUGUAGGAAGGUGGUACUUUUGGUUUGAUUUCCGAACAACAAUAUAUAUUUAAGUUUUAAGUACUUUUAUAAUGUAAAAACACAGCGCUGUGUUUAAAAAGGGAAAUACUGAGUGACUGUUCAUCAUUUACGUGUUCUCUCUCAGAUGUAUUAUAAAGUAUGUAAGACUUUUUCACAAGGAGGUGAGAUGAAUCUGGGAUUUUUUUAUUUAUUUUUUUUAGGACUAGCUGGCAGCAUAGUUUGUGUGAAUUUUUUUUUCUUUUCUUUUUUCUUUUUGAAGGCUCUGAAACCCUCCAGAAAGGCAUCACACCAGAAUGUGGGGGAUCGCCUGAAACAUGGUCAGGUUGACUACUUUUGACCUGGCUUAAGAUAAGAGCUUUGUCACCUUUUCCAUCCCUCAUUGACUCAGGUGAAUGUUAGUUUGCGUUUCCUGUUUUGUUUUUUUCCAUCCACGCUGAACGUCUUUCUUCAUUCUUUGCUUGCUCUGCCCACUUGUACAAAACUGUAAAUUGUACAAAAAGCAGUCAUCUUUAUACCUUAGAUACACUGUGUUGCAUACAUGAGUUCCUACUGGGCAGGUCACAGCAAAAUGGAGCAAUAUUACUUACAACCCUCAUAGGGAGCAUAACUGAAUAGGCAGUACAGCUCAUAUAAAUAUACUACAUUCACAUGUACAGUGUUACACGAUCUUAUCAGAAUACACAGUCAGCUUUUCACUGGUCACUCAGGGCUUCACCGGUCAGUGAUUAUUUUCCUAUCAGCUUUGAACAAACUGAGUCAGGGUCCGUCUCAGCAGGAAAACGUGGUGUCUGUAAAGGUACAGGUUGCAUCGCGUGGUUUGACGUGUCCUUUUUUCUGCAUGUAGUUACACUUAUUUAUAAAGUGUUAAUGGAGCACAUAAAUAGAGGAGAAAUCAAUCCAUCUGCCAUGUUAAGAGACACAGCACAUCGAAACAGACCCAAAGCCAUGUCGGAGUAGUUUCCUGUCCAUUUGGAUCAUUUUUUGUGUUGCUGGCAUUAUAUUUUAUUAUAUUUGUUUUACUGCUUGGGAAUUAGAACCUGUGCAGAUUUAGUCAGCGUGUCUGAUGUACACCAGCCUUAAGGUGAAAUAAAGUGUCCUUACUUGUGAUCCUGUGAUCUUUGCAGGAUGAGAGAGGUCUUUGUCUUCUCUCUUUCUCCUUUUUUUUUUUUUUUUUUUUU